ACUUGCUCCUGCUUAUUACUGAUAAGUUUUGCAUUUUUAAAACGUAGGUAUUGUACCUACGUCCAUGGAGGCGCAAAGAAAAUGCCUUUCCGCCCUCGAUGUCCCACCCAAGUCUUCGUCUCGCGAUGUGACGCGCGGUUUCGUAUCCUCUUGCGCCUGCGCAAUCGCUCCUUCAACUUCCCCUCAGUUACUAUGGCCGCUGGACUGAGUGGGAUGUUUGGGAAUCAGGGCCCGGUGCCUCCCCAGCCACCUCCCCCGCCACCUCCUCCGGUGGCCCCCGGAGGUCAGGGACUCGCGGGACUCCUACCGCCGAACCCCACGGGUCCGCGAAACCCCAUCGGUACCCUUGUGGAUGAUUUGGAGGCUUCUUUUGAGGCUUGCUUUGCAUCCCUUGUAAGCCAAGAUUAUGUAAAUGGUACAGACCAAGAAGAAAUUAGAACUGGUGUUGAUCAAUGUAUCCAGAAAUUUUUAGAUGUUGCACGACAAACAGAAUGCUUUUUUCUACAAAAAAGGCUACAAUUAUCUGUCCAGAAACCAGACCAAGUAAUUAAGGAGGAUGUUUCAGAACUGAGAAAUGAAUUGCAGCGGAAAGAAACAUUAAUUCAGAAACACUUGGGAAAACUUCGCCAUUGGCAACAAGUUUUAGAUGAUAUUAAUAUCCAGCAGAAGAAACCUACUGACAUGCCUCAGGGACCUCUAGCUUAUCUAGAACAAGCUUCAGCCAAUAUUCCUGCACCCCUCAAGCAAACGUGAAAAGAAGCAUCAUUGAAAUACCAGCAUAAAGUCAUAAAUAACAUUGUACAUUUUGUAUUGAAAAAUAUGUUGUUUUUGAAAAAAUGGACAGCUAGGAGCCUACAGCUGUCAUUGUAUGGAUCAGAAAGUAUGAUUCUUUUAUUCUAUCACCUGCAAACUGAACAUUGUCUGUCCCUGACUAUGGAAAUAUUCUAAGGAGCAAGAACAGUCUAUCCCAUGAGCUUCCAACAUAAUUUUACUUCUGUAAAUCAAGUGAUUACUGUUAACAUUAUCUUUUGGGAUCAUGGGGCUUUUAACAUCAUUGACACAGUUUCAGAUUCUGGUUCUGUGCUUAAACAUUCUUGUGACACAGUGUAAAAAAAAUGCCUAUGAGAAAUAUGUUACAAUUUGAAUUGUUUUAAUACAAAGCAAAAAUUACUUUCUGAUUCCACUUUUUCUGUUAGGCAGCUGUAUGCUUUGAAUAAAUUUAAAAAUGCA